AAUCAGAGGGCAGGUGUUCGUUUUACCUGUUGCACGCGCCUGCUGUAAACUGGGGAAGAGUCAGUAUGCAUUUAGAGAUGAAGGUGCAGAAACAAUUAAUUCAACAACAUAUUGGAUGACCACCACUGGAGGUGUUUAUUAUUAUUAUUAUUAAUUUGCAGCAUCAUUUUUAUAGCCAAGAACGUUAGUUAAGGGUUGCGACGUGAAGGAUUUUUUUUUUCCAGCUCCCUUAUUUUCUGGGGGAUUUCUUCCGCAUGGUUGACCGAGGAUGGGAGGAUCGUGUUUCAGCUUAAAAAAAACAAACUAUCAGACAGUCCACAUCUCCUGCUCUCACGGGAAAAUCACCGAACUCUUGAACUGCAAGUGACUUUCUAGUCAGAACCAACAUACAGAACCAUCCUGCUCCAAAAGCCCACAGGUCCAGAGUGUGCAGGUUUGGAUUUUGUCUCUAAGUCCAGAUGGGAAAGGCAAACUACUUCCAACAAACCUUACUCUUCUUCAUCAUCAUUACAUUUGUUCUAAUAUUCAUCUUUAAUCUGGAAACUCCUAGUAAAGACAAGUCAAUUCCAACACCGCGUGGACCUCCACCUGUUUGUCCAUCAGUCAUCUCUGAUCAGGCCAUCACUCCUCUGCUGAACACCAAACAUUUCCUGGUCUCGGCCUUCAUGGACCAGAGAGUGAAGGGAUUCGACAUACGCAUCAUCGGCAUGUUUCAUAGAGACUCCAUCCAGAAGCUCCACUGCCUGUUCUGCUGUGUUGGACAUUUAGGUGAAACUACUCCCACCACAGUCUUAGUCCACUCAGAUCACUUUGGUUUUCCCUUUGCAACUACAGACGUCAUGUGUCAGAUUCCUCAAAACUGCACUGCUACACAUGUCACCCUUCUGACUCAGCCCAGUGCAGAGAACAUUUCUAAUCUCACUUGGAUUCCUAUAAGAAACAGGAAAAAUAUUAAAGAUGAGGAAAAGAUGAACUUUACUGUCUGCAUUUCCAGCCUGUUUGGAGGCUACAACAAUGUGCUUCAGUUUGCACAGACCCUGGAGAUGUACAGGUUGCUCGGAAUAAACAGAGUGGUGGUCUACAACACCAGCUGUGGUCCUGAUCUUGACCGUCUCCUGCAGAGCUACGCCCAAGAAGGAUUUGUGGAAAUAGUUCUUUGGCCCAUCGAAAAGCACAUGAAUCCAUCCAAAGGCUGGCUGUUCUCACAACAUGGAGGAGAUAUACACUACUAUGGGCAGAACACCAAGCUUAACGAGUGUCUUUACAGAGCCAUGGAGAAUUCUCGUUACGUCCUUUUGCACGACAUCGAUCAGAUCGUCAUGCCGUAUCAACACAAUGACCUGAUGUCUCUGAUGGACACACUGCAACAGCAACAUCCAAAUGUUGGUGUGUUCCGCAUUGAAAGCCACAGUUUUUCCAAGAUGCGCUUUGAGCCAAGUGGGAGGUUUCACCUGCCUCAGUGGAGCAGAGUGCCAGGGGUUAAUAUUCUGGAGCACACUUGGAGGGAAGAGCCUAAUUGGGAAGAAUACCAUCCAUACAAGAUGGUAAUUCAACCAAGGAUGGUGGAGCAGACUUCAGUGCAUGAAGUGAUUAAGCAUUUCGGACAAGAGUACAAAGUUCCUCCACAGGUCUGCCGGAUCAUUCACAUUUGCUCGGGUGGGACCAUACCAUUGGAGCUCCUUCAUGAGGACAAACGACUGUGGGCCUUCCAUGAAAAACUGAUUCCUAACGUGGACCGGGUGCUGAAGAGAGUGGAGAUGUUGUCGUCCAAAAAUUGAAGAUGAAGUAUGGAAAAAGCCCUGUGCUGAUGAUUAAAGUGCCCCCCUCACACACACACCACCCCCGUCUAUUGAGGCUUUUAAAAUGCACAUGAAGAAACAUUUGUUUUUGUUGGCUUUGUUUUUUUUUUUUACAUUUAAAGGUUCAGGUAUUUAAAA